UGCCAGCACUGCCACUUCACCGACCAAUUUUGACACUUCUGUUGAGAGGUAUUGUCAAAUGCGAUAAAGAGUAACGUUAAGGGAGAAGAGAAAGAUGAUCGGACGAAAGAAUCAUGACAGUUAUCCAUGAGUGACAUUACAUGCAGUUUUUCCUAGUUCAAGAAUGUUAUAGAAUCGAAAUAUUUGAUAUUUAACAGUUAAACUUAGAGCUAAAGGGAUGUUUGAACUUAAACUAGCUUAAUCUAAACAUAACUAUUAUCACAGAUUUCUAUCACAGAUCGAGCAAAAACGAACACAAAACGAAUAUGGAACAACCUAAAAAGUAGCUUAACACCGAAAAUUUUUAUAGCUUUCUCGCACCACAACAUUGAGUUUGCGAACUGCUCAUAAAACUUCGGACAGAGCCGCUUGUUCCCGUAACAAACUAUAAAAGUUUUCGUUCCGAUGAAUGCUGAGCGGAAGGAUUAUUUUUCGGCAUCGCUGAACUCUACGCGGGCAGGAGACUGCGGCGAUAAUUCGCGCCUUGCCUCGUACGGUCAGAGAAGUCCCGCUAAAUAUUCAACGCGGGCAGGAGAUUGCGGCAAUAAUUCGCGCCCUGCUGCGCACGACAAGAAUAAUCACGGUAAAUAUUCAACGCGAGCAGGAGACUGCGGCAGCAAUUCGCGCCCUGCCUCGUACGGACAAAAUAGUCAUGGGGAAUAUUCACCAGUGAGCAUCAAGGCAACACCCAGUCGAAGGUCUGCCCAUAUUGCCCUCCGCUUGCAACAGCUUCAGGAAGAGCGCGCAAUCCAGCAGCGCGAAUGGCAGGCCGAAAUGAAGGCAAUAGAGCAAGAGAGGAUUGCUCUAAAGACAAAAUAUAAGUUGUUGGAGGAAGAAUUUGCACUGCGUCGAAAUGCUCGCAAAUAUCAUUAUGGCUUCAAAAGUGAAACGACCGCAGUGAAGCAAGAUGUAAUGCUUGACGACGAAACUUGUUCGCAUAACCAAAAGAAGCCGAAUUCGAAUGGGCCAACUGUCAUCUUGACGAAGCAAGCUUCGUCAGUGGAGAAGCGAAAUCUAACGAUACAGCCACGGCAAGAGCCCCUAGCUGAUCUAUGGCAAAGGAGUGGAGCUCAGCAGCGAUCUAUCCGCGCGUACUCCAAAUCUCUUCAGAGGGAAAGCAACUUAACAAUCGAUUUCAGCUCAAUUGAUGACGUCAACAACGUAACCACCGACGGAGAAUUCGAGGCUACGAAGCAAAUUGCCACAGUUGAUACUGCGGCAGUCGCUUGUCUUCGUGCACGCGAAUCAGAUGCGAAAGAUAAACGGUUUCAAUAUGCGAUGAACCGAUCUCGUGAGUCCCACCAUAGUGUGGGCCACAUCAACGACCAACAUCGGGAAAUUAUUCGUGAAUUUGUCAGAAAGAAACACACUUCGACAACGGUUCCGCUUUUCAGCUGUAGCAAAUGCCUCUUCGUUUGUUACCCAUCGUUAGAUAUCGAUGAUAUCAGGAAACGAGGAAUGACACACAUAUAUCAAGCAAUGCGAAUCAGGAUACAAUUAGUAUACACCGGACAGUCGACGAAAGAGCUUGUUCAAUUGGCAGUGAAAUGUCAAAUUUGUUUGUUGAUUGUGGUCUACAAUCGAUACACAAACAAACUUGCAGUAAUGUUUCCUGAUCUUCAGAUUGGCCCAAAAUGCCACAUUAUCUCCAAGUCUCGCAAUUUACGCAGUGGACUGCCCGAGGACGCGGUAAACUGGAAGAAUAUCUUCGAUGAGCUCCGUAUGAAUUUGAGGUACGAUAUCCACGACAAGGACUGCAGUCGUCAGGGACUGGGAAUCCUCCAUUUGAUUUCCUAUUCGUUCAAAUCGUCUGCCUUUGAUGUUUGGUACUACCCACUAACUGAACACCAGAGCCGUAUGCCCGGCGAGCUUCUAGGUCCGAGGCCGGACAUGAUUCGUGGAGGCCCCAUCAAGAUGCUCGGUGGACCACCGCCUCCAACCGAUCGAGAUAACAUAAACGAUCUCCUGCGAGCCAUCGAUUCCAUGGAGGAGAAAGGUCGCCAAGAAGAUCCGCGAUAUUCGCAACUUUUGGCCCUUCGUGCCACAUCGAAGCAACAGUACUUGAAUGCUUCCCAACUGCACCAGCUGUGCGGUCAACCCAUGGACUACCGUUUGUUGAUUCAAGAACAGUGGUCCGACGGAACACCACCGCAAUGUCCAACGCCGCCGGCCAGACCAUAUUCGGGAGAUCCACAAGGGAGACGAGCACCGCCACCAGGAAUGCAACAACAGCAACCGCCUCAACCUGACCCUACGGAUAUACCGCCUGGAAAAGUCGGCCCUCCUGAAACGGGCAAGCCUGCGGCCGGUGCAAUGCCUUCAAACCAAAGUCUCUUGGUAGGAAUGACUAUGAGAGAACAACAACCUCCUCAUCAGCAGCAAAAGGGGGUCGGUCAACCACAACAACCCAGUUCUCAAGGACCAGGAGCAGGACGUUGUCCCGCUGCCCAUGCACCCGCCGUCCAACCCAUUCAGAAGCAGCACCGCGUCACAACCGUUUCCAAAUUGGUUAGCCUAAAUCUGAUCAUCAUCUCGCAAGAACGCGAGAAUCGAAUGGCUACCCGAAUCGCUCUAAGUAUGGAGGAACUCAGCAACCUCCGAGCCUUGCGAGUUUUGAUCUUUCAACGUCAGCUGCGGUCGGAAAUUCUCCAAUGUACUAGACGUGACACAACGCUGGAGGCGGGCGUCACCAUCAAGCGUACCAAGCACCAAGGAUUACGUGAAGCUAGAAGGAAGCGUCGUCAAAAGCAGCAGGAGUACCUGGCUUUGGUUCUACAACACGGCAGAGACUGGAAGGACUACCACCGAAACAAUGUAGCCAAGCUGGGCUGGUUGAACAAGGCCAUCAUGAACUACCACGUCAACGCCAAACGAGAAAGGAAGAAAGAACAGGAACGUAUCGAGAAGGAACGUAUGCGUCAUCUGACGGCCGAUGACGAAGAGGGCUACCGAAAGUUUAUUGAUCAGAAGAAAGACAAGCGUCUGGCGUUCCUGUUGUCGCAGACCGCCAAGUACAUUAGCAUCCUGACAACGAUGGUCAAGCAGCACAAGGUGGACUGGAAGAAGAAGAAGAAGAAGAAGAAAGACGGCAAGGAACAGCGGAAGCGUAGCAGGAAGCGCAUGGUACUGAAGAACGGCCACUUUCAGCAUCAGGAUACGGACUGCGAAGCGCACGAUUGUCGUGUCACGGUGUAUGAAACUGCUUUCGGCAAGAUGAUUGCCGGCGAUGAUGCUCCGGUUUUGCGCGAUUUGUUCAACUACGUUACUUCGGAAGACGAGGACGACGACAAUUCGGAUGAGAAAAAAAAGAAGAAGGCUACCCAGUCAAUCCACAGAAAUAUUUGCACUAGAUAGAUGGAGAGGUUUUUUCAAGCUAGUAGGGAGAACUUCUUUAAUAAUUGUAUCGAUAAAGAGAAGAGCCAAGGCCACUUUGAAAGGCAAUUGUCAGGUACAGUUUGAAUAUAGAAAACUUAGCUUCAGUGAACUUUAAUCGUUAUAAACAGUUGUUGGCCAAGUUAAGCAGUAACAAAACAUAACGAUCAGGAAAACGUCUGUUACGGUAUGGCAUCGCAAAUACGGAUACGGCUGUCUCCAAAGACCUAUUACGUAAAACUGGAACCUGCGGCCAGUGUUACGGGGGGGAGUAUGUUGCUGCCAGCACUGCCACUUCACCGACCAAUUUUGACACUUCUGUUGAGAGGUAUUGUCAAAUGCGAUAAAGAGUAACGUUAAGGGAGAAGAGAAAGAUGAUCGGACGAAAGAAUCAUGACAGUUAUCCAUGAGUGACAUUACAUGCAGUUUUUCCUAGUUCAAGAAUGUUAUAGAAUCGAAAUAUUUGAUAUUUAACAGUUAAACUUAGAGCUAAAGGGAUGUUUGAACUUAAACUAGCUUAAUCUAAACAUAACUAUUAUCACAGAUUUCUAUCACAGAUCGUAAGUAAUUAAUUAUUAUCGAUAUUCUUAGUUCUAACCUAAAUUAUUAUCACAGGAGCAAAAACGAACACAAAACGAAUAUGGAACAACCUAAAAAGUAGCUUAACACCGAAAAUUGUAAGUGAAUUCAAUCAUAUGUAAACCUAAAUCUAAACAAUAAUAAAUUACAGUUUAUAGCUUUCUCGCACCACAACAUUGAGUUUGCGAACUGCUCAUAAAACUUCGGACAGAGCCGCUUGUUCCCGUA